UGAAAAGGGCAGACAGCAGACGCCAGGCACUUCCCUCCCCUGCUCCGAGCAGCCUAACUUGGAUUCUGCACAACUCCUGUCGCUCUGAGGAGUGAAUCAGCCCGCACAUGCGUGGACCAGACUGAGGGCUGCUGCUCAGAGCAAGGGCCGUGGCUCCCGGGCCGAGGAGCGAGAGGGCCGGCCCCCGUGCGAGCAGCCACCCGCUGACCCGCCGCCGGCCUGGCCCGAGCGCACCACUCAGGUUUUACUGGAGGACAGCCAGGGUCGACGUCACCGGUGUGCGCUCCAGGGUCACGUCCACACCACGGGCCAGAGUGAGGCCGUAGAGGACUCAGCAGUUAAGGCAGAGACCUAAGACCAGCUGGCUUUUCCUCAUCGAGCUGGAGCAGACGUCCCACCAGGAUAGACUCACUCCAGCUCUGGCCGCAGGCUACCUUCUACAUCCUGGUCCCAGGGAACUGAAGGAGAGAGGACAUGCUGCACCCAGAACAGUCCUGGAGCUGGCUGGCCGUGGCCAUCGGAGUGCUUCUCGCCGCGAAGCCCUCGGCUGGCAGAGAUUAUUUUGGCUCCCGUCCGAGCAUCCUUCUUCUGAUGGCGGACGAUCUCGGCAUUGGAGACGUCGGCUGCUACGGGAACACCACCAUAAGGACUCCGAACAUUGACCGCCUGGCCGAGGACGGAGUGGUGCUGAGGCAGCACCUCGCGGCCGCUUCCAUGUGCACCCCGAGCAGGGCUGCAUUCCUGACUGGGAGGUACCCUCUGCGCUCAGGUAUGGUUUCCAGCAACGGUUACCGUGUUCUUCAGUGGACGGGAGUCUCUGGGGGCCUUCCUGCAAAUGAGACGACUUUUGCAAAAAUAUUGCAAGAUAAAGGCUAUGCCACUGGACUCAUAGGAAAGUGGCACCUGGGGCUCAGCUGCGAGUCCGCCAUUUUCAGAAACAAGCAACGACCUUUCCUCCUCUUCGUGUCCUUCCUGCACGUUCACACGCCUCUGAUCACCACCGAGAACUUCCGAGGGAGGAGCCGCCACGGGCUGUACGGGGACAACGUGGAAGAGAUGGACUGGAUGGUGGGGCAGAUACUUGAUACUUUGGACGCAGAAGGACUGGCCAACAGCACCCUUGUUUACUUUACAUCGGAUCAUGGGGGGUCCUUAGAGGCUCAGUUUGAAAACCAGCAAUAUGGCGGCUGGAAUGGGAUAUAUAAAGGUGGCAAAGGCAUGGGCGGCUGGGAAGGCGGGAUCCGCGUCCCGGGGAUCUUCCGGUGGCCCGGGGUGCUGCCGGCCGGCCGAGUGGUCCACGAGCCCACCAGCCUGAUGGACAUCUUCCCCACCGUGGUCCGGCUGGGGGGCGGCCAGGUGCCCCAGGACAGGGUGAUCGACGGCCGGGACCUGCUGCCCUUGCUCCUGGGGACGGUCCAGCACUCGGAGCAGGAGUUCCUGAUGCAUUACUGCGAACAGUCUCUGCACGCAGCCCGGUGGCACCAACGGGACAGAGGAGCAGUGUGGAAAGUCCACUACAUGACCCCCGUAUUCCACCCGGACGGAGCCGGCGCCUGCUACGGGAGAGGGGUCUGCCCGUGUUCCGGGGAGAAAGUAGCCCAUCAUGACCCACCUUUGCUGUUUGACCUCUCGAGAGACCCUUCCGAGGCCCAUGCCCUCACGCCGGACACGGAGCCUUUGUUCCAUCAGGUGAUGGAGCGAGUCGCCCGGGCCGUGGAGGACCAUCGCCGGACGCUCAGCCCAGUUCUGCUGCAGCUGGACACGCCGGACAACACCUGGAAGCCAUGGCUCCAGCCCUGCUGUGGCCCGUUCCCCUUGUGGUGCGAUCGGGAGGCAGACCCAGGGUAACGCCCGCCCGGGGAAAGCUGGGUCCCCGGCCCCUGGAGCUCUUCACUGGCGUCACAAUAAAACAUCACUGUCAGGUCAAGUCAACUGCUUGUGCGGGGCUGAACAGUUCCCCCAGUUCUAAAGGGGAAGGGACGGGGAAGAAGUGGUAACACACAAUCACCACGAAAUAAAAUGCACCCUUCAGGGGCUGCUGCCUGGACCACCAAACUGGAGAAUAAACACUGCAGUUCUCCCUGCCACCUGGGGGAGGCUGCUCUGUCCCCAGAAAGA